AUGGCGAGCGCGCAGAGUACCGGUGCCGCCAGCUUCCUGAAACUACCAACCGAGCUGCUCGACCAGGUCGCCAGCCUCCUCCCCCGAUCGGCUUUUCGCGCACUCGCCCUGACGUCAAAGAAGGCGAAUGUCUCCGCCAUCGACACCCUCUACAAGAUCUACCUCAACCGCACUGCUCCCGCAAAGGCGCCCUUCCAUCUCUUCCUUCGAACUGUAUGCGAGCGACCCGACCUUGCGGCUAAGGUGAAGCGCGUCGACAUUCGCGGAUGGCGUUCGGAGUAUGAGGUCGCGACAGGAGCUGCGUGGCGGGGUGUGACCGAGGUUAGAGACGUCGACCAAACCGAGAAGAGCGGCCCGUCGUUCACGAGCACGGAGAAGAGCGUACAAGAUUCAGCAACGGCGAGGUUCAAGUUGUUCGUCGGAGCCGCAGUCAAGGCCGGUAUAGUCGCGGAGCCCACAUCGCUUUCAGUAUCAGCACUCAAGGCGAGCAUUGUAUGGUACACAUCACUGAAGGAGGACGGCGACUUUCUGCGACUUUUAGGACGGGGUGUUGAGGAUGCGCAGCUUGUGCUGAUGCUGGCUCUGCUACCCAACAUGGAAGUCCUCAACAUCGAUGGACUGAGCCCCUUUCCGCUCCUUGAUUGGCAUCACUUCCUGUCUCGUUCCAGCACAGCACUUCGGAAGCUUUCGGUGCUACAGAUCAUCGGCUCGAACACGAACUUGAAAGAGCCAGUCGUCAAGAACAGUUUACAGUUUCUCGACAUUACACCAGACUUGCUGCAGAUUCGCCUGAUCGCUCUUGCCGCCGGUGGUCACAAUUUCACGCUUAGAGCGCUUCCUUCGAGCAAACUCUGGAGUGUUGCCCUUCUCGGGUGUGGUGUUAACCUUCGCCUCUUGCGCAAGAUCAUGCUUGGUCAGACACUGACAUGCAUAGCCUAUCGACCUGGUCCUACCCAGGUCAAUGCGAUCACAGGAUCCGACAUCGUUCUCCCACAGCUCUUGGCGACGUUCACGGACUCGAAACUCUCGCUGGAAGCGCUCGUGAUCUUUCCCUCCGCAUUCAAGCCUGAAAGGGGGUCCUUCAAGAUCUUCGAGAACGUUGAGACAUUGGAAGUGCCUCUUGUGGAUGUCCUGAACAUCCCAUACAUUGAGGAGGACCCUGAGGUCAUAUACGGUCUCCUAAAGGACCAUCUUCCUGCUACUCUGAGACACAUUAUUCUCCGCUAUAUGUCCAGCGGUACCCAGGCCAAUGUCAUCAUAGAGCAACUUGCUGUGUUAAAGAUGCAAAACAUAUUGCCGCACCUCGACAAGGCAACUUUCAUCUUCUGUAGCAACGCGGCACCGUCAUUUGUUUCCGCCGCGACCGUCGCUCUCGGUGGUCUGUUCGGGGGACUGACUGCUGCGGAGACCGCAUGGGGUUCUGUAUCAAGGAUGGAGGUGACAGUACAGGAAGAUUUCGGCAAGCUGUACAAGGACGCAGGCAUCUACAUGGUGGUAGAACAGACGGACGAGUAG